UAUUAUUUACUUUAUAUCAAUUUUUCAAAUGGCGUCUGAGCUGUCUCUGCAAGCUGUGCGCGAGUUGCUGCUCGAUAAGGGUGGUAUCGUUCGGAAUAAGGAUCUGGUACGAUAUUUCAAGGAAUUCCUCAACAACCCGGCAACGAAAGCACAAGCUCGGGAGAAGUUCAAGGAGUUUGUCAACACGCUCUGUAGCAUCAGUAGUAACGAACAAAACGACAAGCUGCUGGUGUUGAAAGCUCAGUAUCUGGUGACUGAUCAUCUUCCCUAUAGUGCCACCUCCUCCCAACUGAAAUCUGUAGCAACACCUAAAUUUGAAUUGGGAAGUCCCGGGCAGGAUGCUUGUGCUCAAGCUAUUGCAAGUGCUAGAGCCAUUCAGGAGGGAUUUUCGCUGGCUGGUCCGUCUCCUAUCAAACCCAAGAGAAGCGCUCCAAAGCCGCCUAGUCACCCGAGGGUUUUAUUGGGAGAGUUUGGUGUUGUUACAGAUGAAAGCGAGGUGACUAGACAAGGGAUGUCAGGAGAGAAUGGUAGCAAAGUAGAUGGGACAUUUGACGAUGUGUCUCAUAGCCCAAUUGGCACAAGUUCGGAGGCUCUUCCUGACGUGUUGGUAACCGCUUCGUCUCCUCCUCCUGUCCCGUUGUCACAUUCAGAAGGCGGGGACGAGUCACCUUCACUCUUAACACAAAUCGACAGUAUGUUAGACGAUAAGUUUCCAGCAUUACAGAGAGGUAGACCGUCUAAGCUGAUCAAAGAAAGAGCAGAGGCGAUGGCACGGAGCAGUGCAGCGAGUCCUAUUGAGCAACACAAUCUCUCUCAAGUUAUGAUGAGCGUUGCUGCCAAAGCAGCCGCACUAGCUGAGAAGCGCGACGACUCUGAUGAGGAAGAAGAAGUGAAGAAGGCACCGUUACAACCACACGCUCCAUCAACGAAAGAUCGGAUGGCUGCUACUGUUCUCAAUUUGGCCGAGCCGAUGGUCUCAAUGACGUUGCCUUCUGCUGAUGUAACAGACGGUGCCACACACUCGGUCGCACGUAAAACCGAAACUUCAUCGAACUCGGAACGAAUGAAAGCACUACUAGACAGCUUUCAACACAGCGCCACACUACAGGACACCGUUAAACAGGGAAUGUCUCCGAAUCGACCUCGAUCUCGAACCGUCGAUUCAUGUUCGAGUCCUGGUACGUCUCAACGUUGGGCAGCAAUGACCAACUCGCCACCAGUUUCCGGACAACUCAGUCCGUUCUUUGCUCGUAAUGUCCCACAAGGCCCACGCGCCAGCCUACAAACGAGAAUACGUAAGAAAGAAAAGGAAACAAAAGAUGGAGCCGGAAAUAAGCAGGAAGCUCCCAAAAAGCACGAACGGAAGGAACCAACUAAACAGCCGGGUAUGAAUGGUGGAUCGGAUGGUGAGGACAGUGGGGAUGAAGACGACGACCAAGGUUUUGAUUCAUCUCACGUUGUGCUUGAUCCCAUUGAGCGCGAAUGGCUGCCGUGUUCGGCAUCAGGGGUGACGCGCCGUGUUGAACAGAUGCUUCAAAGAGAUGCAUCUCUUGCUAACAAGAAGGAUUUCAUCAAUGGCGUAAGCAAUUUACUGUAUGUCGUCGUAUUUCAUUGUUUCUAAUUUUAGUUUCUGUUUCUCUGUUUUGCACACCAUCAUACUCCGCAUUGGCAGUAUGUAAGUCAAACUCUAAUUUUAGAUACAUUAAUAUCAAUGUUAUCAGCAUUUUGUAAAAAAUUCUGAGAUGCUUCGAAAUCUUUUUAUUAACUAAAUGCUUAGAGUUGGUAUGAAUCAUUUGUUUCAAGGUUAUAAUAUUAAUCAUUAGGGCAAUCCGUAUGUCUUUUAUUGAACUAAGUCGAGCAGUCGUUGUAACGUACUAUGAGAUGAAAGUGCAGCUUUAUCUCACUUUGGUUGGGCAUUCUUUGGCCUGCUAGAUUGGCACUACAGUCUACUGGUACCAUUGAUAUUGCAGUGCACUGCAAGAGUGUGAGCCUUAAACUUCCAGACCAGAGUGCUCUCUGGUCUGGAAGUUUGAAGCUGCAGGAGUGUUGUCGAAAAUGAUUCGUUUCUGCUUGAAGCAAAGAAUGUUUAGUCGUGACGUGUAUACCACAUAGUGCUAUAUAGCCAUUUCAAAAGGAAAUUGAUUGAAAACGAAAAGAUUUAGAAAACCAGCAGAUGCCAGGGAAAAAUUCUGUUGUAAAACAUUCAGGUAGACGAUGAUCUGGUGUGUUUGUAAAUGGUAGCUCAUGACGGUCAAGCCUUCUGUACACUUGGCUCAACACGUUUUCUGUUUGUAGCUAAGCUCUAACACAGUCUGUCUUGGAACUGCAUGCGUAGGUGUUUCCAUGUUAGUUGACAUUCUUGUCAUCAUUAAUAUUAAUAAUUUAUGUGAUGCAUACUAACGUACGUGUAGUAUACAAAUAUUGUGUAUUCUGACUCGUAUGAUCAGCUAGUUUUUUUGUAGACAGGUCUGCAUUGGGCUGCCAAGAUCGGCAACGAAGAGAUGCUGAUACUUUUGUUGGAACACGGUGCCGACAUCCACACCAAGACAGUAAGUGAUAGAAUAGACAGCCAAUACCACUCGAGACCACACGAGUGUGUUACGUGAGAAAAUGACUCUGGUUUUUAAUUAUUCAUGUGAAACGGGCUACGUUUUUGUGAUAUUUGGUAUGUUGUUGAUGUAUGCCAUAUACAAUGAUUCAUGAAUUUGAAACUAUUUGAUGAGACCGUUUAGUUUGCUUGAUAUGGACACAGUUAAGGCCUUUUCAAGAAAUACAGUGUGUGUGUGUGUGUGUGUGUGUGUGUGUGUGUGUGUGUGUGU